AUGGAAGGUGGCACAGGGGUGGACAGACAUAUGUUGCUUGAGAUACCAUCCACCCAUUCAGAGGGUUUAAGGAACAGCACCCAAGUGACGGAGUUUGUCCUGACUGGGCUAUCUCAUAAACGUGGAGUCCAGCUCUUCCUCUUCACCCUCUUCCUUACUUUCUACCUGAUUGUCCUGCCAAGCAAUGUGCUGAUCAUUGUCACUAUCCGGGGUGACCCUCAUCUCAGCUCACCCAUGUACUUCCUGUUGGGCAACUUGGCUUUCUUGGACAUCUGGUAUUCCUCCAUCACCGCCCCCAAGAUGCUGGUUGACUUCUUUGCUGAGCGCAAGAUAAUUUCCUUCGGGGGCUGCAUUGCUCAGCUCUUCUUCCUCCACUUUGUGGGCGCCUCUGAGAUGUUCCUCCUCACUGUCAUGGCCUACGACCGCUAUGUAGCCAUCUGCCGGCCCUUGCACUACACCACCCUGAUGAGCCGGCGCUUGUGCAUCCUACUAGUAAUAACCUCUUGGGCCGGGGGCUUGGUCCACUCUCUCAUCCAAGUUGUGCUGAUCAUCCGCCUCCCGUUCUGUGGGCCCAAUGAACUGGACAACUACUUCUGUGACAUCACCCAGGUUCUGAGGAUCACCUGUGCCAACAGCUUUGCCGAGGAGAUGGUGAUGAUCUUCAGCAGUGGCCUCAUAUCUGUGGUCUGCUUUGUGGCCCUCUUGGUUUCCUAUGCCUUCUUGGUCACCAUGUUGAGAAAGAAUGCUGGUGAGUCAGCUGGCAAGGCCCUCUCCACUUGCUAUUCCCACAUCACUAUCGUCAUUUUCAUGUUUGGUCCUGCCAUCUACAUCUAUGCCCGUCCCUUUGAUGAAUAUGCUCCCGACAAGGUGGUCUCUGUCUUCCACACAAUCAUCUUCCCCCUCCUGAACCCCAUUAUUUAUACCCUCAGGAACAAGGAGAUCACCACAGCCAUGAAGAAAGUGGUCAACAGAAACCUCCUCUGCAAGCAAAACUGA